GCAGUAACUAAAACUUCAAGUGUCCUGUUAACAGUGUCACCCAAGUAUAAUCCAGGCCUUGACUCAAAUUGACAAGGACAGGUUGGCCGCUGGAAUAAUCUCUUUAAAUAGCAAUAGCCACCUCUCUCAAAGGCACUUCCCUCCCCCAGCCAGGCUGGAGAGCUGCUUACAGUGCUGCCGCCCGCUAUUUCCCACUGGGCAUUGCAGGGCUGGCACUGCUUGCAGGCAAGUGUGUCCCUGCCCGCAGCCUCCUAGCUUUGCUUCGCAACAGGAAUUACAAUGAAUUUUGCAGCGCAGUUUCUCUACUCCAGGGUGCUAAAAAACAGAACUCCCAGGGACCGCUCCAGGGAAGAUGAAGAGUACGACCCUUUCUGGCAAAGUUAUGCUGAGGAGCUGCUCUUGAAAAAAGAUGACAAUAAAAUAAAGAAACAAGAUGCCCCAGCACUUUGUGAUCUUCACUGUUGUAAGGAUGGGCCGAUAAGAAAUGGCCUUAUUGGGCAGAAGCCACCCUCUAUCAACCCUGACAGACUGAAGGAUUUUGGUGAGGAGGAUUACCUGAACGGGGAUGUGAAGACCUGGGAAAUGAAGAUCAUGAGCCGUAAUGAGGAGUUACUUAAGGAUGGUCUUUCCCACAUCACUCAGUCAAGCAGUAGGACCAGCCUGUCAAGCUGUAACAAGCUGAUUCGAUUUGAAGAUAUUAGUGCAGCAGCUUUCAAAAUCCAGUGCAGUGUUCAGAAAACCCCCUGCAUGUAUUCUAGGCUAUCCAAGCAGUAUGGAGUGGACAUCUACCUAAAGAAGGAGUUCCUCCAGUACACUGGAUCUGUGAAGGAAAGAGGUGUAAUUUACCUUCUGACAUCACUGCCUCAGGAUCAGCAAAGAAAGGGGGUGAUCGUGGCUUCGGACAAUAACUUUUCCAUGGCUGUUGCUUACCAUGCCUCAGAGCUCCGUAUUCCAGUGUUUGUCAUCAUGUCAACCAGCACAUCCCCAGCCAGAGUGAAAAUGUGCCGUGAGUAUGGUGCCAUGGUUAUAUCCUAUGGCACUACAGCUAAGGAUUCCCAGACGCACGCAAGAAGGUUGGCACAGGAAAAUGGUUAUCUCUACCUCGAAGAGGAGGAUAGUGCUGUGUAUCUGUCAGGCCUGGGAACUGUGGGACUGGAGGUGUACGAGCAGGUGCCAAAGCUGGAUGCGGUGAUUUUCCCUGCAGGAGGCCACUGUGGCUUGCUGGCAGGGUCGGCUGCUGCACUCAAACACCUCAACCCACAUAUUUCUGUAAUUGGCGUUGAAUCUGAAAGUUUCCCUGUAUUGCAACAGUCCCUAAAAGCUGGCCAUCCAAUUGAAGACCAGGCUUGCAGCAAUCAUCACUUUUAUGGAGAUGUGAGUGGACUUUGCUUUGGCAGCAAUUCUUUGCAGCUGACUGGGAAACUUGUGGAUAAAGUUGUUGCUGUGAGGGAGGAGGACAUCCUCAUUUCUAUGCUGAGACUGCUGGAGUAUGAGCGAGCCACAGUUGAUGCAGAAGGGGCCAUUGGCCUUGCAGCAGUGGUUGCAGGGAAGCUGCCAGAGUUGAAGGGUAAAAGAGUGGCAGUUGUCAUAUGCAGUGGAAACUUGGAAUUACAUUUGCUGCAGCAGUGCAUAGCUCGUGCCCUGACCCUUGAUAACAGAGUGUGCAGAUUUUCCCUUGUGCUUUCUGACUGCCCAGGAGACAUUUCAAAGCUACUAGAGGUUUUGGCUCGGGAAGAAGUAAGAGUUUUGGAUAUCAAACAAGAACGCACAUUUGUGACAUCUGAGCUCUUCACUGUUGAGGUCACCUGCACUGUGGAGACCAGAGACAAGAUCCACACAGCCCAGCUGAGGAACGCACUCUUGGAACGCUACCCCACAGCUGUCUGGACCGAGCGGUGAUGAGCACAGCACAAGGGAAAGGGAUGAGAUCCUACGACAAGUAUUUUAUAGAGCCCUAAUCUUGAGGCAUUCAGAAGAGAUACUCGCUUUCAAAGCUGAACAGUUAGCAAAUAGUUUCAGGAUAUUUAUUUUCUGCUCAAAACAUAGUGAAUGUCCUUGGGAAAAAAGUCAAACUCCAAACUUUAGCUUAGCUAAGGGAAACUUCUAGUCUCUGCUGGUGUUGGAAUUCAGUAAUUCAUUAUCAGCUGGCUGGCUGAAUUUUGGCUAGUAUGUAGGAUCCUAUGGCAUUCAAUACAUAAACUGGGAGAAGACAUUUUUCUUUACAUCUAAUAUAGACCUCUCAAAGGUCUUUUGAUUUUGAUGCCUCUAGUUAAAGUAAUGCAGCUCCUUCUUCUGGACUUCGCCAUACCGAUAGUACAGUAAUUUUCCAUUUCCAAGCCAGAAGCAGUUCCCCAUUUGCUGAAUGUGCUUCAGGGAAUAUAUUCAAGUGUGCGGUAUGGGUUUGAACACACUUCUGAUUCUUGUUCUGGUCUUUGCUAUCAUGCAAGGAAAAAUGAUGCUAACCAAAUAUAAUUUAAACAAAACCAAAAAAAAACCUUGGAAGACAAAAGCCAAGAUUUUUUUUU